UUUCAUUACACUGACGCUUACUAUAUUAUACAAAUAUAUAGGAUAUAUACACACAUAUUGAGACGCAGAGAGAGAGAGAGAGAGUCACAAGAAUUACGACACUAAACUGAAACCAAAUCAAUUCUCCUUUUUCAGACCAAACACGAAGAGAGAGAGAGAGAGUAGUAAUGGGAGAAGUACGGAGGAUCGUGGUAGUUGUAGAGGAUAAAGAGGCGGCGAGGAUGGCGUUGCAGUGGGCACUUCACAAUCUCCUCCGUCACGGUGACGUCAUAGUCCUCCUUCACGUAUUCUCUCCUCCGCCGCGCAAGAAGAAAUCGACGGCGGCGCGUCUCCUCCGCCGCCACGGAUAUCAUCUCGCCCUCUCUUUCCGUGAAAUCUGCGACGCUUUUCUCAGCACGAAUACGGAGAUAAUUGUAAGAGAAGGAGAUGAUGAUGGAAGAACGAUCGCUGAAGUCGUGAAAGAGAUUGGAGCUUCGACGCUUCUUGUAGGUCUCCAUCAAAACAGCUUUCUUUACAGAUGGGCAAUGAGUGGGAUUGAUGUAGCGAGACAUUUAAAUUGCCAAGUGAUGGCUAUAAAGCAGCCUUCACCGGAACAGUUGCCGCCGGGAAAGGCUAAGGGACACAACAACACCUCACCGGCGAUGGAGACAUCAGAUAGUUUAACUAAUUUUGACUUUUCCCAAAUCGAAAUUGCUGGAUUACAGGUUCCUGAGAUUCCGACACCUAAAGUACCGUACAGAUUAUGUCCGAGCCCUCAUGCGAUACUCUGGAGAAAAAGACCACGAAGAUCAAAACAGAGAUACGGUGUCGUUUCAUAGUCUCCAACAUUUGUUCCAAGACAAAAAGG